UCGAUCCUCCCCUAUCCGUCAUUUUAAUGUCCAUUCCUGGCCGAAUGAUACCCACUAUCAUGUAGUCCUUCGGCGAAUGCUGGAUAUGACGAUUCUAGGAAUAUUAAAGCUACAUAAGACAUAAUGGUUUGUCUCCAUGGUUCCAGUCAGAUGGGACGAAGUGCUGUCCCAAUCGCCCCAUAAGGAUCAUGAUCAUCGGUAAGAGAGGACGGAACCACACUGUAGUCUGUACACCGCUGCUGAAGCACGGUGCAGCCGUCCAGAUCCUUUUCCAACUGCUUCUAUACCUAGCCAGUAGCCACCGAUCCUUGAUAGGUCCUGGUGUAGCAUUGACCUGUGCAGAGUACAGCCACGACAAAAGUACAACACUCGCAAACCUAAGCCCCAAUGUACUUGAAAGGUCGAGUCAAGCAUCAUGUAAGGCGCAGCCAACCCCGUGUACCAAAUUAGGGAGGAUACACCAGUGACGCAGGGAGCAGCGGUGGCCCAGACAAAACGGCCA